AUGAGUGGCUUUCGCAAUGUUAUGAAAGAUGGAUGGCAUCCAAAGGGGAAGGAAGGACGUAAGGAGAGCUGGCGGGGUGAUUUCAAGGGAAUUAACCAGGUGGCUGGAUGGAUGGGAAAGGGUAGAGAUCCCGAGUCCGAGAGCUCUGAACAUGUCUCUCAACCUCUGUCUUCAUUGAAAGACCCUUCGUCAUUCGGACCUCCCCCCAAGCAUAUCAAUUACCAUGGCGCCGCCGCAGUGCCAAAUCAGACGACACCCGAUACCCGGGGUAUUGGUGCUCCACUGUCCCAGGAUCAGAUCAACGCGCAGCAUGCGCACCAAAAACAGGCAGCCCAAGCGGCUCAAGAAGAGGAGGAAGAGGCUCAAAGGCCUCCUCCUCCUCCAGUACCAUACCGUGUCAACACCACCGGCCUGUCUACAGACAACCUGCCUCCACCGCCUGUGCGGCGGACGGAUUCGCCCGCAAGUUCGACUACGAGUUCGAUUUCGAAGCCGAAAGCACCCCCAAAGCCCCCGCCCCGACUACCCGCUCGCAACGGUUCCCCGGCGUCCCAGAGCUCCGACCCACCCCCAGUUUAUUCCCCCGCACAGCAGCCGCUUUCACAUGAUUAUAUCAACCAAGAUGCUACAUCCCGCCUCGCAAACGCUGGCGUUUCGGUUCCCGGGUUUGGAAUCGGAGGGCAGGGUGCUCAGCAGUCUCAGGCACCUGUCAAUGAGUUGCAAUCGAGAUUCUCCCAGAUGAGAACAAACUCGGGAUCCCCUGGCCCUCCUCCGCCGCCUCGAGCAUCGACAAAUCCAGACUCACCUGCAAGUGGGAACUCUUCGAUUCAAAAUUUCCGCGAUCGACAUGCCGAUAAGAUUGAUGCUGGCAAGCAGAAGUACAGUAACUUCCGCGAACAGCAUGCCGAUACUAUCGAUUCAGGGAAACAGAAGUACGGUGACUUCCGAGAACGCCAUGCCGACAAGUUUGAUGCCGGAAAGCAGAAGUAUGGCGAUUUCCGUGAACGUCACGCCGACUCAAUCGACUCUGGCAAGCAGAAGAUGAGUGGUGCUGCAUCCAGUAUCAGCUCCCGCCUUGGUGGCUCUCCCGCAGCUCCUCCGCCGGCCCGUGCCUCGACGGAUCAGAGCAUGAACCUGGAGCCGGCAGAGCCCGCGCGGGGCACUUCGUCUGUGCAGAGUUUCCGUGAACGCCACGCAGAUAAAAUUGAAACGGGCAAAGAGAAAUGGGGCGGUGUCACUUCACGGUUUAACACAUUUGUCGAGGAUCGCAAGUUCGACGCCAAUGCGAACAGGCGUGUACCACGACCCCCGUCGCAUUCUAUGGCUCAAUCGCCUUCCCCUGCGCCAUCGCCUACUAGUCCAGAUAUUCAAACUCAGGCGCAGCGCAAGAAGGCUCCUCCCCCACCUCCACCCAAGCGGGCGGAGAUUCGAGCGCCGGCAGUGGACUCCCUGUCAUCCUCAGUGCCUCCCCCCAUUCCUCAUGACACCAGGCCUCGCUGA